AUGCGCAGAACUAUUUCACUGCUGCUGCUACUUUCAACGGGAGUCCAACUCCAAGAGAUGGAAGAAUACAACAUGACACUGGUGAAGGCGGUGCUACGAGUCAUUGGCAGUCGGGAGCCUUGGCAGAAUACUCCGAUAUUCCACGGUCUCUACUCCGAAAGGGACGGUAUCAACGAUUUGAUGAUGUGGCUCCAACACGAUAUGCAAGUUACCUGCCAUGCUCUGGAUACAACGACUCCAGCCCAUAAACAGAUUCCACUUGGACACUACAAGAUCAGAGCCGACAAUGCAGUUGGUUUGCUCUUCUGCCGGAGCAGCCACGAACCCAUAUGGCUGAAUCUGGACAAGAGUUUGCGAAAAUUGAAGCUCAUUCGAAUGAUUGUCGUGCUGUCCAAUAGUCGGAGCGGUUCCUACAGAGCCAUGAUGAACAUUUUCAAUCGGUUGUGGGAAUUUCAGUUCCUGAAUGUGGUGGUGGUGCACAAGGAUCAGAUUUACUCUUACUCCCCCUAUCCGGAGGUGCAUUUUUACAAGCUGGACAUGGAUGCCAAUCCGCUCUUUCCUCCGGCCACAACUAAUUUUCAAGGCUACGAGGUCUCCACUCCAGUGGAGAAUGAUGUUCCAAGGGUGUUCUUCAUAAGAGAUCAGAAGACAGGAUGCUGGCAGCCCCGAGGAUAUGGAUAUAGGGUAUUCGCAGAGUAUCUCAAGCGGCACAAUGCCUCUCUCCUAGUGAGUAAUCCCUACCAGGACCAUACACCGAAUCAGAGUGUGAACAUGGGAAGGAUUAUUGAGAUGAUACAUGAUGGCCAGUUGGAAAUCUCCCUGCACCCGUAUGUAGAUGUGCCGGAAAACAUUGGAGAUCAUAGCUACCCACUGAUAGUGGCCAGAAAUUGCCUGAUUGUUCCGGUUAGGAACGAGAUUCCCCGCAAUGCCUAUCUAUACCUGCCGCUGGACAGGUGGAGUUGGCUGCUCCUCCUUGGAGCAGUGAUUUACAUUAGCUUGAUAAUCUACUGGAUCCAGCCUGGUCCAGGACAUAGGAGCCUUAACAUCCUUGAUGGCAUUAGCAGAGUAUUAUUCAUCAGCCUCCCAUCCAGGAUCUACCAUCCUUCCCUGAGGUACUUUGCAGUCUCGUUUCAGGUCACCAUCUUGGGGUUCAUUGUGACCAACAUGUACAGCAUUCAGUUGAGCAGCUUCUUCACCACCCUGGUGAUGGGUGAGCAAGUGGACACCAUGGAGCAGUUGGUCGAGCAAAAGCAGAGGGUCUUGGUGAAACAUUACGAAAUCAGCACCUUUCUGCGCCACGUGGAGCCGCGCUUGGUGGAGAAGGUUUCCCGGCUGCUGGUCGGAGCCAAUUCCAGUGAGCAGGUUUCCGCCCUCCUCAGUUUCAAUCGCAGCUUUGCUUAUCCCUUCACCGUGGAACGAUGGGAGUUCUUCUCCCUGCAACAGCAGUAUGCCUUCAAGCCCAUUUUCCGGUUUUCUUCGGCCUGUCUGGGAUCUCCCAUCAUCGGGUAUCCGAUGAGGAGGGACUGCCACUUGCAGAGGUCUCUCAACAUCUUCAUAAUGAGGAUACAGGACUCGGGGAUUCUGAAGCACUGGUUCAUCUCUGAUUUCAACGAUGCUCUCAGCUUCGACUACGUUCGGCUCCUGGACAACGUCUUGGGAUUCCACGCCCUGGAUCUGGAUGCCUUGCGACUGGGCUGGGCAGUCCUGGCAUAUGGAUGGAUCUUAUCCUUCUUUCUUUUCCUUUGCGAGCGUUGGAGAUUCUAUCGAUUCCAUCAUCGUCACUGA